AUGUCGGAUCUUCAGAAGGAAGUCGGUCAGCUGUUCGCGGUCGGGUUCCACGGCUACACUCCAAGCCCGGAGAUCAAAACAUUGAUUCAUGAGUAUCAUGUCGGAGGCAUUGUCCUCUUCGCGCGCAAUUACCAAAAUGCCGAACAGCUUCAGGCCUUGACAUUAGCUCUGCAGAAUGAAGCUCGACUGGCCGGGCACCAGCGACCUCUGUUGAUAGGGAUUGACCAGGAAAAUGGCCAAGUCACCCGCAUUGCUCCCCCAAUAGCCACUCAAAUCCCUGGGCCGAUGGCUCUUGGUGCCACGCAUGACCCAGAGCUGGCCUACCAAGCAGGGAUAGCCACUGGCGAGACCCUGGGCUUCUUUGGAAUCAACAUGAAUUAUGCACCUGUCUGCGACAUCAAUUCGGAUCCGCUGAACCCCGUAAUUGGUGUCCGUAGCCCUGGCGAUGACCCGGAGUUCGUGAGUCGGUUCGCAAGUGCGGCUGCGCGUGGUCUGCGCGAGCAGAACAUCAUCCCUAGUGUGAAGCACUUCCCCGGUCACGGAGACACGUCUACCGACUCACAUUAUGGUCUGCCGGUUAUUGAAAAGACAAGGGAUGACUUGGAACGAUGCGAAUUGAUCCCUUUCCGUCGUGCAGUUGCUGAAAAUGUUGAAGCCGUAAUGACUGCCCACAUUUCAAUCCCGCACAUUGAUGACAAGUUCCCCGCCACACUUUCUGCCAAGGCCCUUGGUAUUUUGCGCAACGACAUGGGCUAUGAUGGCAUGAUUAUCACCGACUGUCUUGAAAUGGACGGCAUUCGGUCUACGUUCGGCACAGAAAACGGCUCGGUCCUCGCGCUGCAGGCUGGAAGUGACAGUCUGAUGAUGUGCCAUACAUUUGAUGUGCACGUUGCCUCCAUCAAGAGGGUUACCAAAGCGGUCCAGUCCGGUGAGGUCUCACGCUCACGAUUUGAUGAUGCAUGUCGUCAUGUCGCCAAAGUGAAAGACAAAUUCUUGAACUGGGACGUAGCUUUGCGCCAAGGGGACUUUGCAGAUCUUGAUGCACUCAAGGAAAAGCAGUCGCAGAUUUUCAAGGGUAUCUAUGACCGCUCUGUCACGCUUGUCCGAGACGAUGCUGGUGCUCUUCCACUGUCAAGCACCUCGAACGUUGUAUUUCUCUUCCCGGGAGACGGUACCCCUGCAGGAGGCGCCGUGGAUGGAGAAGGCACGGGCAAAGCAGGCGACUAUGAUUCCGCCAAAUACCUUAACACUCUUCGACGAUACAACCAGUCUAUCACGGAAAUCAAAUAUCCAAAGGCUGGGUUGUCGGAGGAGGAAUGGUCCGUUGUCAGGUCCGCUGAUGCCGUGAUCUUUGUUUCGAUGAACGCUACGGAGUCGCCAUAUCAACUGUCACUUGGAAAGGCGCUUCCCAGCCAGGUUCAAUCAUUUGUGGCCAUUGCUGCCUGUCAGCCCUAUGACUGGCUCAAUGUUCCUGAAGUCAAGACGUAUCUGACCACAUAUGAGCCUACUGUUGAAUCCUUCUCCGUGGUAUCCGACAUCAUAUUCGGGAAGAAGGCUCCACAAGGCUCACUUCCAAUUGGAUCGGGCGCCUCGACCAAGUCUACUGCCGAUGUGGCACCUUUCAAUGCCGAGACAGAUCUUGAUGCAAUUAUCUCCGUGUGGAGAGAAGCCUUGCCAACUUAUAUAUUGCCGGCAAAUAGUUUGCACCCGCUGAUUGUCCGGAAAAAUGCGCACCACUUGGUGGCUCGGGUCGGCUCAGACCUUGUGGGAUUCUGUCUUGCUUACACCAAUGGUCAAGGCGAACCAACCACCGUUCACAUUGCAGUACUGGCAGUGGCGCCGAAAUUCCAAGGUCAGGGAAUUGGCACUGCGUUGCUUAAUGAGACACGCUCGUACUUCAGGAAGCAACUCAACAUGAACUGUCUGAAACUUGGCAGUACAUUCCCUCGCUUUUGGCCAGGAGUACCUCGAGAGCUGCCCGGUGCCCAGGAGUUUUUUAUUCACCGUGGCUUCCGGCUGAGCCCGCCCGAGGCCAGGUCCACCGACCUGUACCAACGCAUUCGAAACUUCCAAUCGCCUGAGAAGUACAUGAAUCGUGCGCGAGAUCGGGGAUUUCGGUUUGCACCUCUCCAGCCUGAAGACUACGAAGAGUGCUUGAUCGGACAGCGAAAAAACUUCUCUGACAAUGCCGACUGGGUUGAGGCAUAUGUCAAGCUACAUCCCAAAAAUUAUCCCUCCUGCGUGAUGACCGCUUUCGAUUCCGAGAAUAGACAAGUCGGAUGGACUCUGAUGCUGCCCCCAGUCGCGGCUCUGAAUAAUCUCUGGGCCUUCCCCCAAAUCUGUGGUCCAAACACGGGUCUAAUCGGCUGUGUGGGCAUUGACGCCGACCACCGCGCGUCUGGAAUCGGGCUGGCUCUCGUUUGUCAUGCUAUCGAGAACAUGAAGGAGCGCGGGAUUGAGGGUGUCUUUGUGGAUUGGGUUGCCCUGGAUGGAUGGUAUGAGCAGAUUGGCUUUAAGACCUGGCGGAGCUAUCGACCCGGUGAGAUCUGA